GUUGUUUUAUAUCGCAUUUUUAUUACAUCUGUCUGCCUUCCAGCAGCUUUCUAAAUAUAGUCCUCCUCCUCCUCCUCCCCAGAAAAGCUGAACACUAAGUCCUUACUAAUUAGAGUCUUCUCUUCAGUCUGGGGCUGCCUGCAGUCAGAGCAGCUUUAUGGGCAGCUCCGCUCAGCUUCAGCCUCCUCUGCUGCUGCAGCUCGCAGGCCCAAACAUCAGGCAAGCUGUGGGAAACGGAGUUUUUACUGGCAGCCACUAAUGAUGCUCACUGUUUUUCUCCUCCUUAAUCUAGUCUAAACAGAGACUUUUUUCACCACGACAGAGAAACUUGCAGGAGUGGCCUACUUCAACACGGAUUUGAGGAUUUAGGGAUUAAUAUCCAGACAUGAAUAAUGCACAAACUCUGCAUUUUUAAGUGUGUGUGCGUCGCCUCCAUGGUGCAGAGACAGCACAAUACCUCCCAGUUAUGAGCAGACGACAUGAAUCAGCUGUGAUUCGAGUCUGACAGCACGCCUCUCUGAGGGUAAAUAAUAACUGGCAGGUGUUUGCGUGGGACCCUGCUCGCUCUGGGAGUGAUGGAAUUUCUAAAAAGGCUAUCUCCAUUAGUUUUUUCAAUAAUGCAUGAAGCUAUGGCAUCAUCUUGACACCUUACACCUUUCCCUCGCAGGUCUGGCCAUUAGCUCGGUCAUGAGUGGAGAGCUGGAGAGACGGGCAGAGUGGAGCGACACUGGGGAGGUGGAAGCGUUGAUGAAUAAUUUAAAGUGAAUCCAGUGUAGUUUGAAAGUAUUCUGCUGUCAGUCCUGCAGGCUCACUCAGUCACUCUUGGUGUGAAGAGCAGCGAGGACAGGAGACGGGACACUCACACUCACCUUUGCAGAAGGUACAAGAAGAUCCUGGUUUGGAUUUCCAGCUACAGCGAGGAGUCUGACUAUGACUCCUUCUUUCUGCGUCCUCAUCUGCUGGCUGGCUCUUCCUCUGCAAGGUAAAGACUUCCUGCUUACUUCACCAAAGACUAUUCUGAGUUGGAGACAUGUCAAGGCAAGCCAACGCUUCUUCUUCGAUCACAAACGGCUGUCAUUAUUAGAUCAAAUUGCCAGAAGCAGGACUAUAAAGCGUGAUCCAUCAAACAGGCUGAGGGCAGAUAAAUAGUGUGUUUAAUUAUGUGUUUUCCCCCCCAGAGCUGAUGCAGACCGUUCCCAACGAGCUGUGAGGUCUUGUAAAAGUUUCAGACGACACUGACUAAUAAACAUCUGUCAAUACUGAGUGUGUCGAGGCUGUUUGUCGUUGUGUAGAAAACAAAACAGAAUUUUUUUCCCCUGCAGCAACACUAACUGACUCCUGAUGUCUCAUAUUUCAGGUCUGGAGAUACUUGAUCCCGAAGAGGUGGAGUACAUUCGCUCCAAUACCACAGCAUCAGUGGGAGGUUCAGUCACCUUUGACUGUGGUCCAACCGUACCCACCAUCUUCAUCUGGGGCUUCACCAAACCGGGAACUGAAAAUAAUGUCGCUCUGGCUUAUAACUACGGACAGGGCCCGAAGCUGCAGGCUCAGUCCAGCAGCAUGGGUCACAUUCGGGUUCCUGAGAACACGUCAGCGUUGGUCAUAGAGGAGCUGCAGAAGGAGGCGGAGGGGAUGUACACCUGUCAGGCUCUGUACGACACUGACGACGGGGCCAGGAUCACUUUCUACUUCACCCGGCUCGAUGUGGAAGACGACUGAAGUUACGCCUCUUUAGCGAUUCAGCUACGACCAGUGUUGUCAUGGUGACAGUUUGUUGCGGUAUCUUUUUCUAAGAACGACUCACUUCCUCUGGUUGUAACAUACCAUCUUCAGGUUUCUCUGACUUUACUGUUGUGGUCAAACUAAAACUUUAAGAGCUCCCCCUGGUGACCCAUCAAAACUAGAUCAAACUAGAAGUUGAAUAGAUUUUUCUCAGACAUGCUUGCUGUCUUGAAAGUUCGUUCUUGUCUUGCUGAUUUAUGUCUAAGUUUUCACUUUCCUGACAAGUUCAGUUUGAAGGAUUUUAAGGGGAACUUUAAAGAGGUUUGUGUGCACUUGACCGAUGGGGGGACCGUUUUCUGAAACUGGUCCAGUAUUGAGGGGGAGCGUAGCAGCCGGUGCAGGUACCAGAUGUGUUGGGGCAGCCACAUUGGCUUGGGCCCGGCACCUAUUGAUGACGUCACACUAUAUGAUUGGCUGGAAGUUGGUUUGGAUGACGUAGAAGAUUGUGGUUGGUCUGGAUAUUAAGCAGUUUUUGCUGGAUUGCAGUUCUUGUAAGAAAACAUGGACGAAUUUUACAAAGAAAUCUACUGUAACUUAUCAAAGGGGACUUACAACAGCCGGACUACCGCCUCUUUUAGGUUUCCAAAGGAGAUGUGGAAUAAAAGCAAAACUAUUUAUUGAUAAACGGAGAUCCAGCAUACUUAUUUUUUCUUUUUCCUUUAGAAAAGUUAACAUCUACAAUUAAAGCCAUCUAAAAAUUACAGUACAGUAAUUCUCUGUAUAAUAUGGGGAGAAAGUUUCAAGGUCAAUUGAAUGAAAAAACAGAAAUAAAGAAAACCUCGAACAUUUCUGGUACCUACACCGGCAGCCAUGAGACGAGCUCAAAUGUAUUUUGACCAGGUGCGUCGUCAAACUGUAUCCACUGUAAGGGCUUUAUUUCGCCACCGACAGGCUCAGAUUGUUGUUACAGGUCCCUUUUUUCCUCCUACACUGCUGCAUUACAUACUGAUAGAGUCACAGUACUUUUGUGUUACCAGAAAUAAAAAACCUUAAAACCUUAAGACUCUUUGUUGGUUAUAUCGUACAGAAUGUGUGCAAGAUGAACACUCUAUCCAUGUAUGUGUCAGUAGCAUCUCUUCCACCACAGACGCAGUUAUAAAUUUGUUAAUUUCCUCCUGAGUGACACUUUUGGUUGGACUGAAAUCUGUUGUCACUGUUUCAGAGCUGUCGUAGCACUAGCUGUCCUUUUUAAAUCCCUCGACUUUACUGCACAUCCAACACAAAAAUAAGCCUCUCUAUAGUCCUGCUAACUCGGUGUGUAAAAGGCUUCUGCAUAAACACACUAGUGCAGCCGCCUAUUUCUAUUCAUUAGCUGAAAAAUUACAAGGCACAAAUAAGAUUUCACUCCCUUCUGCUGCUCUGGGA